AUGCGUGAAAGGACGGGCUCAGUCGGUGCAGUUUCAGUGGUGUGUACACGUAGCAGUAGCAGCAGCGGUAGCAGCAGCAGCAGCAGCAGCAGCAGGAGGAGGUGGAGGAGAGCACCGGGCCUGAUCUCGGGAUCAUCCGUCCUCCUCGUUGCCAUUAUUGUGGUGGGAUGUGCGCAGGUGGGCAUCGCCUCCGCGACCUCGGGCUUCUCGGAUAUCCUCAUGGGCACGUCGCGCUCCUUUCCACCCAGUGGCGAUGCUCCCAACUCCUCGGUGUGUCGACAUGCUCUCAAACAGGUGCCUGGACACGCAGCAAAAUGCAACAUCUCGCGCGACUUUCGUGGAUGUCGUUUCGACUCCGGAUUUAUCUCCUACCUCGAGUUCCAGUACUGUCAAUUCGCCUCACCAGUGUUGCCCACCAUUCUCAUGCUUCAGUCCAUCUCUCAUUGCAUUGGCGCGCUCGAUGCACAUGAGUCAGAACCUGGCUGUAUCCUUUUAUCCACCGCUUUCCCUCCUCCAUACCUCCCACUCACUCACCCACUCUCCUCCUCCUCCUCCUCCUCCUCCUCCUCCUCCAAUUCACUAGCAGUGCACUUAUAGUUCAAUCACUAUUUGUCAGCACACGUUGUGUUGGUAACUGGCGUGGUUGGCACCUCCACAAGCCUUAUUACCUUAACUGUCGACUUUGGUGUGAAGGGUGUGACGUUGUUGGCGUUUGGCAACGGUGCACCGGACGUCUUCAGUGCUGUGACAGCCAUCACGACGGGUGAUCCGGAGGCACCGGAUGAAGGCUUGGGACUUGGCUUCCUUAUGGGAUCGGGUCUGCUGGUAAACACAGUGACGGCGGGUUUGAUCAUGAUCAUUCGACCCUUCACAACCAAUCGUCGUCCCUUCAUCAAGGACGUCCUCUUCUACAUGACUGCUGUGAGUUGGAGUGCUGCAAUUCUCAUUCGUCGGUCAAUUCAUCUCAGCGACUCCAUAGGUUAG